AUGGCGGACAGUCUGAGCUCUCGCAGUUCCUUCCUUAUCACCGUGGAAGUAACCUCACUCGUAAUUUUGAACGUUCUGUCCGUAGCAGGAAAUAUCUUGGUUUGUAUGUCCGUUUACAAGAACGUACGAUUACGCACAACAACCAAUCUGUAUAUCAUCGCCUUGGCUGCAAGUGAUCUCCUCUCUGCGGUCUUUGUAAUGCCUAUUGGUAUUGGUGUGCUUAUUACUGGCGAAUGGAUCUUCGGCGAAGCAAUCUGUCAACUUCACGCCUUCUUCAGUCUGUUUGUCAUCUACAUUUCUCCGGUGACUAUGGGUUUAACAGCAGUUAACAGAUACGUCAGGAUAUGCAGGUCAACCCAGCAAUACGACAGACUUUUUUCAGCGAGAAAGUCACGUUUGUUGUUGGCUAUCGUUUGGUUUUCUGUUGCUUGCUACACAGUAGUCCCUCGCCUGGCUGGUCUUCAAGCGUACGAAUUUGUACCAGGCUACGCUCAGUGCUCCAUUGCUCAUCUCAGCGAGAUAGGAAAAACGAUCCAUUACAGCAUUGUCCUCAUUUGCUUUUUUUUAACCCCGCUCAUAGCUACUCUUUUUAGCUACAAAAGGGUCGCGGAAGUGAUCCGUCAACACAACAUCAACGCAUCAUCGUCCAUUAGCUCACAUGAGAUUAAGAUCAGCAAAUCUCUCUUUGCAGUGGUGUUUGCAUUCAUGAUAUGCUGGAUCCCUUUUUGGAUUAUCGUUGUCUUACGGCGCUUCAAGUUCGUUGCGACGAUGCCGCGAAGUGUUGAACUUCUCUGCAUGUUUCUCCUCUACCUGUCCAACACAAUAAAUCCCUUUAUUUACGCCGGAAUGAAUCCUGUAUUCAAAAAAGAAUUUCGAAAUCUCCUCUGCUGCGGGCGAAAUCGCCGUGAAUUUGCCAUUUCAUUUUCCAGUAGAAAAGAGAUGUCAACUGAUGAGGUUUAGAUCCUAUCUCUGUACAUGCGAAAUCUUUUUGCAAACGGAAUCUUGAGACUUGUGACGCUUUUCCGAAGCAGGAAAAUGGAGGGAUAAAAUCUAUUUCUCCUCAUCGUCUCUGCUUACGUUUAUCUUCCAUUUAAAAGUUUUUUAAUAUCUUUAUUGCUAUUUGCAAUCUUAGUUUACAGUUUAUGACGAAAAGUUUUGGAAUGCUUUUCUUUGACUUAUGCCCUUUUUGACGUCAUCAAGGCAAUGUGACGUUUUAUUUUGUUCAAAUUAGAAAAAUCCACGGUAGAGAAUAAUCAUCCAUAUUGGGGAUGUGGUGUCCUUUUAGAAGAUUUUUUAAGGUGUUCGUCAACAGAGACGUUUCUAUGGCAACCGAUUUUUGCAGUCGUGCUUUCAAACAUUUGCACUUUUUACUUAAAUAGCUGCGGGCGAAAUCGUGAAUUUGCCGUUUCAUUUUCCAGUAGAAAAGAGAUGUCAACUGAUGAGGUUUAGAUCCUUUCUAUGUACAUGCGAAAGCUUUUUGUAGGCGGAAUCUUGAGACAUGUGACGCUUUUCCGAAGCAGAAAAAUGGAGGGAUGAAAUCUAUUUCUCCUCACUGUCUCUGCUUACGUUCUUCUUCCAUUUAAAUGUUUUUUAAUUUCUUUUUUGUUAUUUACAAUCUUAGUUUACAGUUUAUGACGAAAAGUUUUGGAAUGCUUUUCUUUGACUUAUCCCCUUUUUGACGUCAUCAAGGCAACGUGGCGUUUUACUUUGUUCAAGCUAGAAGAAUCCACGGUAGAGAGUAAUCACCCAUAUUGGGGAGGUUGUGUCCUUUUAGAAGUUUUUUUAAGGUGUUCGUCAACAGAGACGUUUCUAUGGCAACCGAUUUUUGGAGUCAUGCUUUGAAAGAUUUGCAUUUUUUACUUAAAUACGUCGUAUUUCAAGGUUUCCUUAUUAAUCUAUUAGCUUACAUACUUUUAAUUUACUAUAUUUAUUAUAACCGUAACGUAAUUUUGACGUUACAGGAUUGAUUUAAAACGGCAAAACUGCGCAUGUUAGAGUUAGGUUGAGUUGACAUGUCAACUGAGUUGUGUUAUUUUGCUUUUGUGACAAAUGCCUUUAUGUGUAUAUGAAAUAAAUCAUAUGUGAGAACUGCGGGAAAGUUGCUUUUGUUGUUGUCUAUCGUUUGGUUUUCAGUUGCUUGCUACGCAGUAGUUCCUCGCCUGGCUGGUCUUCAAGCGUACGAAUUUGUACCAGGGUACGCUCAGUGCUCCAUUGGUCAUCUCAUCAAGAUAGGAAAAACGAUCAAUUACAGCAUUGUUCUUAUUUUCUUUUUAACCCCGCUCAUAACUACUCUUUUUAGCUACACAAGGGUCGCAAAAGUGAUCCGACAACACAACAUCAAUGCGUUAUCGUUCCUCAUUUUACAUGAGAUCAAUCUCAGUAAAUCUCUUUUCGCAAUUGUGUUUGCGUUCAUGAUUUGCUGGAUCCCAUUUUGGGUUAUCGUUGUUUUACGGCGCUUCCGUCUCGUUGCGAUGAUGCCACAAAACGUUGAACUACUUUGCAUGUUUUUCCUCUAUCUAUCAAACACAAUAAGUCCGUUUAUUUAUUAUAUACAUACUGAGAAAUACUCACCAAAAAGCUAUGUCGUAAAUUUUCGUACGCAAAUCAGUUCUAGCCAAUCAGAGGAGCGAACGAUGGUUUUCACUCGUGAAAAAAAUGAUACGUCCAAUCAGAAUCGCGAACGAUGUUUUUUCACGUGUGAGAAAAAUGAUACGUCCAAUCAGAAGCCACAGAGGUGUGUGAGUUUCGCGCCAAAAUUCCCGCCUUUUAUUGCAGCUUGCAGCGCCGUUUCGCACACAUUCAACGAGAAAAGUUUUACUCAAAGAGUUUUUCUCGCUAAAAAAGUGAAAAACAUUCGGAAAUGGAGUGGAAUAGUUUCGUUUGUUUCGCUGUCGAUAAAGAAAACGGUAGAGAGCAAGCGAAACAACAGCGGAAAGGGAAAAAAAGAACGAGACGUAAGCUUUUGUUGUGCUUUUUGUCGGAGCUACUUUGCCUUUCAUUUAAGCUUAAGAUUAUAUUGAAACCGGCCAUUUUACUUAAAUUCACUCAUUUUCAAUUGUUCAUUGAGAACAAACAGUUAAGAUUACUUAUAGUUCUUGGAUUACCUCAUAUCCUUACCGUCAUUUAUGUUUUUAACAAACGUGUUUACUAAAAAGCUGAUACUUCGUUUGCGUUGUCAUUUUGCGGUAAGUGUGUAGCGGUAAAUUUUAGCAUUUUUGAAAGAUUUAAAAUAAAAAGGCCACCAAAAUGAUGAAUGUCUCAGUAUGUUUAUCAUAAACACAAUACCACAUGGAAAGUGCUUUGUACUGUAUUUACGCACUCGUUGUUUUUGUAUCAGAAAUCUUACUCGUUCGCUGCGCUCACUCGUUCGAUUUCUGAUACGUCAACAACUCGUGCGUAAAUACCGUACGCCAGCACUUUCCAUGAAGUAUUCUCUAUAUACGUUGGGAUGAAUCCUGUAUUCAGGAGAGAGUUCUAAAAUAUCCUCUUCUGCAGACGAAAUCGGUGUAAUGUUGUCAUUUCAACUUCUGGCAGAAAAGAAACAACAACGAAGUGAUGACUGAGGUUUUAGAUGCCUCCUCAGCAUGUCAUGUUUCGAUUCUACUCUUCCUAAAUUUUCUCCUCCUUUGUCCUUUUCUCAAAAAACUAAACUUAGCGUUAGCUAUUUUGACGUCAAAGUAGUUUGAGAUAUCAAUAUUCCAGGCAAUGUAUGAAAUGAAUUUUUUUAUACGAUAUGAAUCUUUGCACGUAUGAUCACCGAGGCGAUUCACCUAUUUGAUAACACCCUCAGAAUUAUAUUCAACGAAUACUUCCCCGUGAUCAAGGUGUCUUCAAGGGACCCCCCCCUUAUAUGUCGCCACUAGUUAAACACCUGUGUACCAUCAGAAAUAGGAACGCCAAGAAAUGCUGCCCUACAAUCAAAGAUCAAUGAGCUAAUCCGCAACAACCAAGUGGAGGCUGUACGCAAUGGAAAUAACAAACAUGGAACUGGGACAAAGGGUUGGUGGAAUACUGUAAACAAAAUCAUUGGCAGAGAGUCUAAGGCAUUAAAACAUCAGCUCUGUUAUCAACCCUGAGGACAUAAACCUUUUCUUUCAAAUGAAAUAAUAUUAUAAGAUUAAGUGGCUGAAACUUUUAGGAAUUGCUUUCCAUGAAGAUCCUCGUAAUUGGACUUGUUUACUUUCUCGAGCUGCUUGUCGACUGUAUAUUCUUAAAGUAUGCAAGUAUUAUGGGUACACUAAAGAUCAGCUUAGUGAACUUUUCGACUCUUUGACAAUGUCAUUAUUUCUGUAUGGGGCUCUGCCUAUCAAAACAAACAUUUAGACCGGAUUGACGGCUUAUUCCGGCGAGACUAUCGUUUUGGCUAUACAAAUAACAAGAGAUCAUUUUGAUAUCUGAUGUAAUUAAGAAUACGUACGGAUAGUGAUUUUUUCAAGAGAAUCGCAAGUGACACUGGUUAUGUAUAGCAUGGCUACUUGCCUCCAAAUAAACGUAAUAGGGUUUUUAGAGAAAGGGGUCAUGACUUGAUGCUCCUUAGAGUAAAAACGGAACGAUGUAAAUAGGUGUCUUUUUAACGAUUUAUUUUUUAAUUUUCUAUGACAUUUGAUAGGUAUUUUAGCUUAGCUUAGUUAGUCAUUGAUUGUAAAGCCACACGUUUGUUGUGACCGGUUUCUUAAUAAAGACUUCUAUGUGUUUGGGAUGUCACCAAAAGGGGUAUAUAACCAAAGGUAAUUUUCCUUACGUGCUUGAUUCGUCUUGAAAUACACAUAUUUUGGAGACUUUUAACAUUUUGUUUCAGAGACCAACUGCCAUUGGUUCUCCCGUACCAAGUGACAUUAGGGAGUUUAAGAUACGGCGACUACGUACGGACUACGACUACGGUUAAACAUGCUACUGCGCAUGAUCAAAACCACGUGACUGUUCAUUUUAAGAUCACAGGCAAAACUGACUUGCAUUUUUGUAAACUGUGAUGAAAACAAGAAAAUCUUUGCGUGUUGUUUCCUUCUCCGCCUCUUCUCUCGUAGUCUACUGUCUGUAGUGCAAUCUUAACGUUCUAUAUUUGCACGACUCAACCCUGUUCUACAAACAAAGGACAACGCUCAUCCAGCCGUAGUUUGUAGUCUGUAGUCUCCCUAUCUUAAACUCCCUAAUGCUUCCGGGGUGUAGCCCUGGCAGCGUGCUAGCCGCUUCAUGAAGUGUGAUUAUUUUUUGUCCGCCGACCACGUAAAACAUCGUUUUGAUUCAAUUGACCUACUUCUGUAAUGGAUCUUUGCCCUACUUAGUAAACAUUAACUAAAAGUGGCUUUACAGCAAUCAUAUUUUGCACCCAGUUGCAUCAGGUGAAGUGAUGUGAGCUUAAUGUUCCCAGAUACUCUCCCGUAUUUUACUGCAGAGCACAGUUGAAUAAAACUAUUAACGUAAGAUUUAAACUGUGGGAGUAAACUGCAACUGUUCCCAAUAAUUUUUCUGACAACAGCCGAACUAAAGUUCAAAAAAAUUAAAAGAAUAGCAACGAAACUUUACUAAGUUGCGUUUACGUCACGAAGACCACCUGAAGCGCUUUUAUUGUUACUUAGAUUUAGAAUUAUGUUUAAUAACUCGUAUGGAGCGUUUUCACGCCGUGACCAGCAUCUAUGCAAAUUUACCGGAACAAAAGAAAGCCGGUUUGCACAAAAAAGAAGACUACUUUGGAACUCCAACAUGUCCGCCAUUUUAUUGUCGUGGAAGACCAAUAUGGCCACCGAGACGUCAUGUGAAAAUACUCUAUUGCUGGUUUUCAGUGUCACGCCAUUCAAAAUAGAUCAAAAUAAAAAUAAAAACCGUUCAAUAGAUAAAGUCCAGAAUCUGGGAAAUGAAAGGAGGUACAUAUACAAAGACCCUCGCCAAGAUUCAGGUCAGAGGAAUCUUUCGUAUACGAGAUAUCCGAAGAAAUGUUUUACCCAAAAAGAUUUGUAUGGAGACGCCAUGCUGGUGCUCACCUGGAUGAGCUCCAAUAUGGCGGACGGAAACCAGCAGAAACAUCUGUUACCGAGUUUUGCUACAAAAGCGUGAAUUUAUUCUUCGAGAAACUCAUAAACAUUAAAGAAAUACUUUUUAUAAUUUCCUGAGGUCAUUUUUUAACCUACAUGACACGCUCUCUUGGCGCGUCACGCAAAAGCUUAAAAAUUCAAGCGUAUUCUAUCACAAAACCAAGAACCCUUUUGAAGCGAAUGAAAAUUAGUUUCAGCUGCUCUAAUGCAUCGUAAAAGUAAAAUCUCGGUAGAAUCGAUAGUUUUUUAGUUUGAAUUUUAGUGACGUCAUGUGAAAACCAACAAUACUUUCAUCGAAGUCUUGUUUCUGCGAUCUUAACCACGCAGAAAAUUCGUGGUUUUUAAGCUCUUCUUAAACAGGGGCACCCAACGAGGAUAUAGUUCAAAACCACUUAACAUAGCAUUGUUGAACGUAGUUUAGUAUUCAAACAGUAGAUAUAGGCAUAUUUUUAUCCCCUAAAAUCUUUUCAUCUGUUCGGAUUUCCUAGCUGAAAGUCUAGUGAUCCGAAAAUUAUAGGGAUACAAACUUACCUUCCCAAAAACUUCAGACAGGAAAAGGCUUCCGAAAAUUCUAGGUGGCCUUUUUUAGGGUCAAAAUCCCUUAAAAAUGGGUCAUUAUACCAUUUUGUAGAUGUUCGAAAAUCCUAGGAGAGGCAGCCAAGCAAGAAAUUUUACAACAAAUGCUCCGAAAAUUCUAGAUCUCAAAUCGUCUUCCGAACAGAUAUUUUCCCGAAAAUUGCCGUUGGGUGCCCCUGCUUAAAUGACAACGAAUUACGAAAGUUCCAAUAACUGACGGCUCCUGUAUUGUUUAAUUUUCAAAAUGUUAUCAUUUGUCCGUACGAAAAAAGAAGGUUCAUAGAAUUUGUUUCCUGUGUUUUUAUAUUAUAAUGGUGCACAUGUUUAUUUAAAACAGCUUAAUGUUACUUGCUCUAGAAAACACCUCUGUACACCUCUCUGCAAUUGGAGUAACUCUCUUAGGUUUAAUUCCUUUUCACUAGAGAAAGUACAUCUGACGAACGGCCUAACGAAACUGCGUGCCGAUAGACGUUGCAACAGCCAACGCAUUGAGCAUUGUAUUUCAGAACGUUCGAUUACGACACCUUUUAAUUAUUUGAUUUAAGAUAUGCAGGGUACCGGUAAACGAUCAGGGGAAAAGAGGCAAUCGAAAACCUCCAGGUGGUUGAUUAUAGAGUAUUUUUAACAUAUCAAUAAACAUCUAAAGACUAACAAUAAGUAUAGGAUGUUACUGAUUUUAGUUUACGUCGCAACCACUUGGGCCAAAGUCACGCAACAAUCUCAGACCCCCUGAUGCAGGUGCUUUGAUCUUAAAAGAUACAACGUAUAAAGUACGGUGUCGGGGUGUUACUUUGGCUCCCAUCUUCCGGUUGGAAACUCGUUAAAGAAAGCCGAAAAUGAAAGCCUCUGUAUCGCAAUGGACAGCUAUUUGCAUAAACCUGGGAGCACUGCGUUGACAAGGAAGUACGCGUUGACUAAUGAUGACCUCAGUCAACACUGGCUUUGCUGAAUAAUUCAGGUCCAGUGUAUAUUAAACAUUUACUACAUUCAUCCUUGCAGACAUCUUUCUUAUUAUAAUGGCGGACAGUCUGAGCUCUCGCAGUUCCUUCCUUAUCACCGUGGAAGUAACCUCACUCGUAAUUUUGAACGUUCUGUCCUUAGCAGGAAAUAUCUUGGUUUGUAUGUCCGUUUACAAGAACGUACGAUUACGCACAACAACCAAUCUGUAUAUCAUCGCCUUGGCUGCAAGUGAUCUCCUCUCUGCUGUCUUUGUAAUGCCUAUUGGUAUUGGCGUGCUUAUUACUGGCGAAUGGAUCUUCGGCGAAGCAAUCUGUCAACUUCACGCCUUCUUCAGUCUGUUUGUCAUCUACAUUUCUCCGGUGACUAUGGGUUUAACAGCAGUUAACAGGUACGUCAGGAUAUGCAGGUCAACCCAGCAAUACGACAGACUUUUUUCAGCAAGAAAGUCACGUUUGUUGUUGGCUAUCGUUUGGUUUUCUGUUGCUUGCUACACAGUAGUCCCUCGCCUGGCUGAUCUUCAAGCGUAUGAAUUUGUACCAGGGUACGCUCAGUGCUCCAUUGCUCAUCUCAGCGAGAUAGGAAAAAUGAUCCAUUACAGCAUUGUCCUCAUUUGCUUUUUUUUAACCCCGCUCAUAGCUACUCUUUUGAGCUACAAAAGGGUCGCGGAAGUGAUCCGUCAACACAACAUCAACGCAUCAUCGUCCAUUAGCUCACAUGAGAUUAAGAUCAGCAAAUCUCUCUUUGCAGUGGUGUUUGCAUUCAUGAUAUGCUGGAUCCCUUUUUGGAUUAUCGUUGUCUUACGGCGCUUCAAGCUCGUUGCGACGAUGCCGCGAAGUGUUGAACUUUUCUGCAUGUUUCUCCUCUACCUGUCCAACACAAUAAAUCCCUUUAUUUACGCCGGAAUGAAUCCUGUAUUCAAAAGAGAAUUUCGAAAUCUCCUCUGCUGCGGGCGAAAUCGCCGUGAAUUUGCCAUUUCAUUUUCCAGUAGAAAAGAGAUGUCAACUGAUGAGGUUUAG